AUGGAGGAUCUUCAGAUGGAGCCAGACAAACCCAGGAAGGUACGGUUUAAGCUGGCCUCGUCGUACAGCGGACGGGUGUUGAAGCACGUGUAUGAGGAUGGACAGGAGCUGGAGAGUCCAGAAGAGCAGUACCCUCACAGCUUUAUCCACACCCAGAUGGAGAUGGGACAGAUGUGUGGCUUAGAAAACAUGCAGGAGCAAAGUUUGUAUCCUUCAACAGGACUUAUCGCCCAGAGGAUAAACGUCUAUCGAGGAGUGAGCGGUUGCACCAUGACCUGCGGCGAGGGGCUACCAGAAGGCAAUAAUAAAGGACCAGUAUUAGAUUUCGGAAAGAUCAUCAUCUACACAAGUAACCUGAAGAUUGUCCGUGCUCCACACAGGAGAAGAGAAUGUGGAAGGAGUCCUCACCGCAGCCGGGACAGGAAAGAAAGUUCACCACGCCGUACGUCACGAAGCAAAGAGAGAAACAGGGCAGCAUGUUCUCAUCCAGAGAAAACAGAUGAAACACAGACACAAAAGCAGGAAGAAGGCUCCUGUGGACAGUGUGGAGGUUCAGGUUGCGCUCCGUGCUCUCUGUGUCACGGCAGUAAACUGUCCAUGUUGGCUAACCGCUUCAAUGAGUCAAUCAGGGAACUGCGCUGUCCGGCGUGCAACCCUCACGGCUUGGAGCGAUGCCAGUCCUGUUCGCACUAACAUGAACUGCUGCCAGCCAUAUUGCACCUAAUGUGAAGUGAAGAUCAGACGCUGUGAGAUGUAAAGGAAAAAGCAUUUUGGAUUAAAUCUUAAAUUUACAGACUUAAGUGCAGUGAGAGUUAAUACAGACAAAGACAGCGCCUUAAUGGCCAGGAUGGAAAUGGAUAAGGAGAAAGAAUCAAAAAUAAGUGAGAAAAUAGGGAAAAUGUAUGAACAGUGUAGACUGCAGGUCAUAUGAGAUAUGGAUACAGUAUGCCAUUUGUUUUAGGAAUACAACAUUUUAAGCACAUUUGAUGGUGUUAGGUUUUAUAUCUAUUUGAGCAGAACUUGGAUUAGAUGUCUGA